GUUCCCCUUGGCUGCGGAAACUCUAUAAGAACGAGCCGGGUCCCCUUCUCUCGAGCAGUCAGCAACAGGAGUCCCGUCCCCGAUACUUCAGCCGCCACAGGACUGAGACGUCAAACCUCUCGCUGGGGCUGGCCCGGGUCACUGACUGCCAUGCAGCAGCCCUUCAGUUACCCCUAUCCCCACAUCUACUGGGUGGACAGCAGCGCCAGCUCUCCCUGGGACCCUCCAGGCUCGGUUCUCCCCUGUCCGACCUCUGUGCCCAGAAGGCCUGGUCAAAGGAGGCCACCACCACCACCGCCACCACCACCACCUCCGCCACUGCCACCGCUGCCCCCACUACCGCUGCCACCCCUGAAGAAGAAGAGGGACCACAGCACAGGCCUGUGUCUCCUCGUGAUGUUUUUCAUGGUUCUGGUGGCCCUGGUGGGGUUGGGGCUGGGCAUGUUUCAGCUCUUCCACCUGCAGAAGGAGCUGGCCGAACUCCGCGAGUCUACUCGCCAAAAGCAUACAGCAUCAUCUCUGGAGAAGCAAAUAGGCAGCCCCAGUCCACCUUCUGAAAAAAAGGAGCCAAGGAAAGUGGCCCAUUUAACAGGCAAGCCCAACUCAAGGUCCAUGCCUCUGGAAUGGGAAGACACCUAUGGAAUUUCUAUGAUCUCUGGAGUGAAGUAUAAGAAGGGUGCCCUCGUGAUCAAUGACACGGGGCUGUACUUUGUGUAUUCCAAAGUGUACUUCCGGGGUCAAUCCUGCAACAACCAGCCCCUGAGCCACAAAGUCUACAUGAGGAACGCUAGGUAUCCCCAGGAUCUGGUGAUGAUGGAGGGGAAGAUGAUGAACUACUGUACUGCCGGGCGGAUGUGGGCCCGUAGCAGCUACCUGGGGGCAGUGUUCAAUCUCACCAGUGCCGACCAUUUGUAUGUCAAUGUGUCUGAGCUCUCUCUGGUCAAUUUUGAGGAAUCUAGGACAUUUUUUGGCCUAUAUAAACUCUAAGAAAAGCACUUUGGGAUUCUCUCCAUUACAGUUCCUUGCUAGAGACACUGAGA